AUGUCAGGUAGUAAGAGUAUAAUGGAGCGUUUUCUGAAUUUGAAAAGAAAAUCACCACCACCCACAAGCAAUGAUCCUAGUCAUGAUGAAAGUCCAUCAAACGUUAGACUUGUUAUUGCUCUCGACAAGCAAAGCAAAGUCACUGAAAAGGAGUAUAUGAUUCGAUUGAACAAUUCCAUAAGUGCUGCUCGAUACUUGCUGCAUCAAGGUCUAGCAUUCCGUGGUCAUGAUGAAUCAGAAGAGUCUAAGAGCAAAGGAAAUUUUCGAGAGUUAUCAAUUCUUUUGGCAGAGCAAAAUGUGAAUACAAAGAGAGUUGUGUUAAGAGAUGCGCCUGGAAAUAAUAAACUGAUAGCUCCAGAAAUUCAGAAGGACAUUGCUGAAUGCUAUGCAGAGAUCAUAGUCAAAUCUAUUGUUGCUGAAAUUGGUGGUGGAGUUUUCUGUUUAUUGGUUGAUGAGUCCGCUGAUGUUUCAGGCAAGGAACAAAUGGCUGUAGUUUUGCGGUAUGUCGACGAGUUCGGAGCAGUCCAAGAAAGACUUAUUGGUGUUGUUCAUGUGAAUGAGACAUCUGCUUCAUGUCUCAAAUCCGGCAUUGAUCAGUUGUUCAAGAAGUAUGGAUUGAACGUAAAACAAGUUCGAGGCCAAGGGUACGACGGGGCUAGCAACAUGAGAGGUGAGUUCAAUGGCUUGAGAGCUUUGAUCAUGAGGGAGAAUAGCUCAGCAUAUUAUGUUCACUGCUUCGCUCACCAACUCCAGUUAGUCAUUGUGGCAGUAGCUAAAAAGAAUGAUGAUGUUAGUGACUUCUUUGACAUGAUAGCCCUUCUGCUUAAUGUGGCCGGAGCUUCUUGUAAACGAAAAGACUUGAUUAGGGAGAGUCAGCAAGAAAGAGUGAAGAAAGGUAUUGGUUGUGGACAACUUAGUACUGGAACGGGAUUAAAUCAAGAGCUAUCACUUCAAAGAGCUGGAGACACUCGUUGGGGUUCUCACUAUAAAACUCUUCGGAGCAUACUUAACUUGUUCCCAGAUGUUAUUGAAGUACUCAAGUAUGUUGAAAAAGAUGGGCCAAGUGAUGCAAAGAAGCGUCAAGCUCGUGGUCUUUUAGAUUAUGUUACUGAUUUUGACUUCGUGUUUCAUCUACACUUGAUGUUUCUUAUCUUGGGACAUGCAAAUGCUUUAUCUCUAUCUUUACAGAGGAAAGAUAAGGACAUCUUGGAGGCUAUGGUAGAGGUGAAGUUAACCAAGCAAAAAUUUCAGAAAAUCAGAGAUGACGGUUGGGAGUCUCUAUUGGAGAGAACUCACUCAUUUUGUGAGCUGUAUGAUAUUCCUAAGUUGGAUAUGGAAGAAGAGUAUAUAGACCGGCAUAAACCAAGGAAAAAAACCAACCGCACUAACUAUCAGCACUACAGAUAUGAUUGCCUCAACCCUGUUAUUGACUUGCAGCUUGCAGAGUUCAAUGAUCGUUUUAAUGAAGUAAAUUCGAGCCUUCUUACCCGAAUGGCUGCAUUCUGUCCAAAAGAUUCCUUUGAAGCUUUCGAUGUUGAGAGCUUAGUUGAUUUGGCUAAGUCCUAUCCAGAUGAUUUUGAUUCUAUCCAGUUGAAGGAACUUGCUCAUGAGCUUCCUUUCUACAUUGAUAAUGUGCGAGCAGACGAAAGAUUUACAGGCCUGAAAACUAUUUCUGAACUUGGUAAGCUGAUGGUUAGUACAAAUAAGCAUCUUGCUUUUCCUUUGGUCUAUCAGCUCCUGAAGCUAGUAUUAGUGCUGCCUGUCGCAACUGCAUCAGUGGAGAGAUGUUUCUCUGGAAUGAAAAUAGUGAAGAUUGUGCUACGUAAUCGCAUUGGUGAUGAUUUCAUGAACUACUGCAUCAUUUGUUUCUUGGAGCAAAGACUUCUAUAUUCAACUUCACGUAAGGAUGUAAUAGAUUACUUUUUGAAGAUGAAAGAACGUAGAGGUCAAGAAAAAUAG